AUGCAAAUUCUUCUAUUUCAAUCUUCAAACCUGCUCCUUUUGACCAUCAGUUUCUUCAUUUCGAUCAACAUACAGUUUUGUCUAUGUGGAGAAGAUCCACAAUAUGCAAACUGCAGAAAAGCUAUUAACUGUGGUGGCAUCGAAGACAUCUGGUACCCCUUCUGGGGAGUCAACAGAGCAAGUUACUGUGGUAAACCUGGGUUUGAAGUUCAAUGCCUAGACAAUGUCCCGGUGAUCAACAUGGUGAAUACCAGCUUCCGAAUACUCGAAAUGAACCCGAAAAAUCCUCGUACUGUUAAGGUUGCAAGGCAGGAUUAUUGGAGUACAAUCUGUCCCCAGAGUACUUUAGUCAACACCAGCAUCAACGUCUCUCUGUUUAAUUAUGCUUCUGGGCUUGCAAACCUGACCUUUUACUACGGAUGCAAUACAAGUACACCAUCUAUUAAUUCACAGGUUUGCACAAUAAACGGCAGUGAUGUCAGUGUGGCCUUUCAUCAAACAGGUGAUGAGCAUCCAGUUGCUAACGAUACCUGCAAAACUGAGGUGCUUGUUCCAGUUUUUAAAACAGCUGCUCUGGCUCUUGAGAACAAUCAAACAACCGUCAAAGAUGCGGUGGAUGAGGGCUUUGAAUUGGGGUUGCAGAUUGAUAAUGACCAAUGCAACUAUUGUGAGGGAUCAGGAGGAACAUGUGGGUACAAUAAUAAAACUACAACUCAUGGUGGGUUUGUUUGUUUUUGCAAAGAUAAGCCCUAUGCAAUCACAUGUGCAGUAAAAUCAGAUAUUCAGCGCAAGGGGGCAAUAGCCUUUUGGACAGGUGUUGGUAUAACCAUCGGCGUCAUUUGCAUCAUACUCAUAUCAAGGAAAAGGAAGUUCUUCUUGAAGAGGUACUUCAAAACGGAGCACAGGUAUGAGCUUGAUAUCGAACAAGUUAUACAGAAUUAUGGCUCGUUUACCCCGAAGCGGUACAGUUAUUCAGAUGUAAAGAAACUCACAAACUCAUUCAAAGAUAAGGUUGGCAAAGGAGGAUAUGGCACUGUAUACAAAGGAACCCUACCUGAUGGCCAUCUUGUGGCAGUCAAAGUCCUAAACGAGCCAAAGGGUAAUGGAGAAGACUUUAUUAAUGAAGUUGCAAGCAUUAGUAGAACUUCCCAUGUCAACAUAGUCAAGCUUUCAGGAUUCUGUUAUGAGAGGCAUAAAAGAGCUUUGAUCUAUGAGUUCAUGCCUAAUGGAUCCUUAGACAAGUUCAUACAUAAGCAAGGAUCUUCGAACACAAAUUUUCCUCGUUUAGAAUGGAAAAUGUUAUUCGAAAUUUCAGUAGGCGUCGCACGAGGGCUGGAAUACUUACAUCGUGGUUGCAACACAAGAAUUUUGCAUUUUGACAUAAAGCCACAGAACAUUCUUCUGGACAAAGACUUCUGGCCGAAAAUCUCAGAUUUCGGCCUUGCCAAAUUAUGCAAGACGGAGGAGAGUAUUGUGUCCAUGUUGGGAGCGAGAGGAACAGCAGGAUACAUGGCGCCAGAAGUAUUUAGUCGAAACUUCGGAGGAAUAUCUCCGAAAUCUGAUGUUUACAGCUACGGGAUGUUGGUUCUUGAAAUGGUUGGCGCAAGAAAGAAUUUGGAUUACGGAGGGUCUCAUACCAGUGAACUGUUUCCACAUAAUGUUUAUAAAGAUCUAGAGCUAGAGAAGGAUGAAAUUAUCUUGGAGGGCAUAUCAGAAGGGGGAAAAGAAGUAGCAAGAAAGUUGAUAUUGAUAAGUUUGUGGUGCAUUCAAACAAUUCCAUCUGAUCGGCCAUCAAUGAGCAAAGUAGUAGAGAUGCUGGAAGGGCCCCUUCAUUCUUUGCAAAUUGCACCGAAGCCUUUCUUAUUUUCUAGUCCAAUAUCUGGUGGAGACUCAUCCCAACCAUCUGUGAGAAGUUAA